AUGAAUGAUAACUACGGAACGCAACGGCAAGCUUCUGUUUGCGAUGGUGCUACGGAUGAGGACAAGACUGUAAUAAGCAAGAUAAUGCAACAAUUCCGACCGAUCGCGCCAAAACCAGUUGUGGGUGAAUCUUCCGAUGAUUCGAAGAGUAGCAGAUUCCUUGGAAGGAACAGGAGAUCGAAACGGAAGUAUGUUAGGGUUCGGGAUAAAAAAAGUAGUUGUGGUAAUAAUAAUAACUCUAGGAUACUUGGAAAAAAGAAUGGUCGCGAUGGUGGGAACCAAAAGACCGAUCUACAUAAAGAGAUAGAUGCUGAUGAUAAUAGAAGCGAUAUGGUCACACUUCAGUUGCUGCCGGAGAAGGAUAGAGAUCUAGGAAACAAUGGAGAUGAAGCUGGUGAGUAUUGUUCGGAUCCGAGUUAUAUGGAUCCGAAGAAGAGAUUGUAUGGUUCUAUCAUAGGGCUGUCGUCAUCUUUAGAUCGGAAGGUGGUGGAGUCUUGGUUGACGGUGGAGUGUGUGAGUGACACGUGUAAUGACUUGGGAGGGUAUCACAUCCUUGAGCAGCUAGGUCGUAUGGAUCAAGGAGAGGAGAGAGUGAUGAAGAUGUUGGAGGUUGACACGUGUCCGUGGUUAGUUUCGGACGGGUCAAACCGGGUUUGUUGGGUAAACCGGGCUUACAGGGGGAUGAUGGGAGCUCCUAAUGUGGAUGCUAUCAAGGUGUGGCUGGUGGUGGCCACGAACCUUAUGGAGGAGAUAGCAUGCAUGGUGGAGUUAUACGGUGCGGUGACGUGCAGGGUUAGGGUUAGGUACGAGCCGUCCACGUGGAGGAAGAUGACGGUGCCGUGUGAUGUAUGGAGGAUAAGAUCAGGUGGGUUUGCUUGGAGAUUGGAUGUUGAAUCAGCUCUAAGGCUUGGCGUGUGA